AUGGAGGAGUUAGUAAUGGGUAUUGAGGCAGUGCAGCUCUCGGUCGAGAAUGAUGAACUAGAGCAGGGGCAGGGUACGGACAUGAGGCAGGGGAGUCCGAAUGUCGUAGGCGAAUCGGAGGAGGUGCAGAGAGAGGAACGUGAGAAUAGGGUGGUGUAUCAGAGGCGGGAGGCAAGAACAAAGAAGAAGUAUGAUCAGGGGCGGGAAGCACGCGAGGGGGAAGAGGCGAAUCAGAGGGUGGAACAGAAGCGGAUGAGACUCGAGGACCAGGAGCGAGAGGUGAGUUCGAUGGAGGGGGACAGGGAGAGGGAGGAAGAAAAUGUGAGGGAGAAAGAGAGGAAGGUCGAGCGCGAAAAGGAGGACUUGCGGCAAAGGGAAGAAGACGAGAGGAAGAGCGAGGAGGCGAGGAAGAUGGAGCGCGAAAAGGAGGAAAAGCGGCAGAGGGAGGAGGAAGAGCGGAAGAGGGAGGAGAAAAAGGCUGAGCGCGAACAGGAGGAAAAGCGGCAGAGGGAGGAGGAAGAGCGGAAGAGGGAGGAGGAGAAAAAGGCUGAGCGCGAACGGGAGGAAACGCGGCAGAGGGAGGAGGAAGAGCGGAAGAGGGAGGAGGAGAAAAAGGCUGAGCGCGAACGGGAGGAAACGCGGCAGAGGGAGGUGGAAGAGCGGAAGAAGGAGGAGAAAAAGGCUGAGCGCGAACGGGAGGAAACACGGCAGAGGGAGGUGGAAAAGCGGAAGAGGGAGGAGGAGAAAAAGGCUGAGCGCGAACGGGAGGAAACGCGGCAGAGGGAGGAGGAAGAGCGGAAGAGGGAGGAGGAGAAAAAGGCUGAGCGCGAACGGGAGGAAACGCGGCAGAGGGAGGAGGAAGAGCGGAAGAGGGAGGAGGAGAAAAAGGCUGAGCGCGAACGGGAGGAAACGCGGCAGAGGGAGGUGGAAGAGCGGAAGAGGGAGGAGAAAAAGGCUGAGCGCGAACGGGAGGAAACGCGGCAGAGGGAGGAGGAAGAGCGGAAGAGGGAGGAGGAGAAAAAGGCUGAGCGCGAACGGGAGGAAACGGGACAGAGGGAGGUGGAAGAGCGGAAGAGGGAGGAGAAAAAGGCUGAGCAUGAACAGGAGGAAAAGCGGCAGAGGGAGGAGGAAGAGCGGAAGAGGGAGAAAAAGGCUGAGCGUGAACAGGAGGAAAAGCGGCAGAGGGAGGAGGAAGAGCGGAAGAGGGAGGAGGAGAAAAGGGUUGAGCGCGAACUGGAGGAAAAGCGGCAGAGGGAGGAGGAAGAGCGGAAGAGGGAGGAGGAGAAAAAGGCUGAGCGCGAACGGGAGGAAACGCGGCAGAGGGAGGAGGAAGAGCGGAAGAGGGAGGAGGAGAAAAAGGCUGAGCGCGAACGGGAGGAAACGCGGCAGAGGGAGGUGGAAGAGCGGAAGAGGGAGGAGAAAAAGGCUGAGCGCGAACGGGAGGAAACGCGGCAGAGGGAGGAGGAAGAGCGGAAGAGGGAGGAGGAGAAAAAGGCUGAGCGCGAACGGGAGGAAACGGGGCAGAGGGAGGUGGAAGAGCGGAAGAGGGAGGAGAAAAAGGCUGAGCGCGAACAGGAGGAAAAGCGGCAGAGGGAGGAGGAAGAGCGGAAGAGGGAGAAAAAGGCUGAGCGCGAACAGGAGGAAAAGCGGCAGAGGGAGGAGGAAGAGCAGAAGAGGGAGGAGGAGAAAAGGGUUGAGCGCGAACUGGAGGAAAAGCGGCAGAGGGAGGAGGAAGAGCGGAAGAGGGAGGAGGAGAAAAAGGCUGAGCGCGAACGGGAGGAAAAGCGGCAGAGGGAGGAGGAAGAGCGGAAGAGAGAGGAGGAGAAAAGGGCUGAGCGCGAACUGGAGGAAAAGCGGCAGAGGGAGGAGGAAGAGCGGAAGAGGGAGGAGGAGAAAAAGGCUGAGCGCGAACGGGAGGAAAAGCGGCAGAGGGAGGUGGAAGAGCGGAAGAGGGCGGAAGAGAAGGCUGAGCGCGAAAAGGAGGAGAAACGGCAGGAGGAUGAGCGGAAGAGGGAGGAAGAGACUAAGCUGGAGCGUGAAAAGGAGGAGAAACGGCAGAGGGAGGAUGAAGAACGGAAGAGGGAGGAGAAGGCAGAGCGCCAACAGGAGGAGAAGCGGAAGAGGGAGGAGGAAGAGCGGAACAGGGAGGAGAAGGCUGAGCGCGAAGAGGAGAAACGGCAGAGGGAGGAUGAGCGGAAGAGGGAGGAUGAGCGGAAGAGGGAGGAGAAGGCUGAGCGCGAACAGGAGGAGAAGCGGCAGAGGGAGGAGGAACAGCGGAACAGGGAGAAGGCUGAGCGCGAAAAGGAUGAGAAACGGCAGGAGGAUGAGCGGAAGAGGGAGGAUGAGCGGGAGAGGGAGGAAGCGACGAAGAUGGAGCGCGAAAAGGAGAUGAAGCGGCAGAGGGAGGAUGAAGAACGGAAGAGGGAAAAGACGGCAGAGCGCGAACAGGAGGAGAAGCGGCAGAGGGAGGAGGAAGAGCGGAACAGGGAGGAGAAGGCUGAGCGCGAAAAGGAGGAGAAACGGCAGAGGGAGGACGAGCGGAAGAGGGAGGAUGAGCGGAAGAGGGAGGAAGCGACGAAGGUGGAGCGCGAAAACGAGGAGAAGCGGCAGAGGGAGGAUGAAGAGCAGAAGAGGGAGGAGGCUGAGCGCGAACAGGAGAAGCGGCAGAGGGAGGAGGAAGAGCGGAACAGGGAGGAGAAAAAGACAGAGCGCGAACAGGAGGAGAAGCGGCAGAGGGAGGAGGAAGAGCGGAAGAGGGAGGAGGAAAGAAAGGCUGAGCGCGAAAAGGAGAAGCGUCGAAGGGAGGAGGCGCAGAUGAGGGAGGAGAAGCAGCAGGCUGAGCGCGAACAGGAGGACAAGAGGCAGAGAGAGGAAGAACAGAACAAGGAGGAGGAGAAAAAGGCAGAGCGCGAACAGGAGGAAAAGCGGCGGAGAGAGGACGAACGGGAGCGGAAGAGGCUGGAGGCGAAGGGUCGAGAAACGCGCGAAAAGGAGGCGAGGGUGGAGGAUCGAGAGCGACAGAGGCUGGUGGUCGAGACCGAGGAGCGAGAAGCGCGCGAAAGGGAGGAACCGCGGCAGAGGCAGGAACGGGAACGGAAGAGAAUCGAAAGCGAACGCAGAAGGAAAGAGCUUCAAAGGCUUGAGCGCGAGAGGCAACUGGCCAAACAGACGGAGGAAGCCGGGGAAGGAGCUCGGCAAGUGGUGGUUGGCGACCACCCAACCGAGGGGCAUCAGGGGACGACUGUUGGUCGGGCAGCGGAUGUUGGUUUACCGGGAUUGAGAACUGGCGGAACAAGACAGGGUGAGAGAAUGGCGGAGGAUCAGGUCUGGCGUGGGGUGGGAUGGGGAAUGGAGGGAAUGCGACACAGGGAGAAUCAGCAGAGACAUGCGGGAGGACGGGUGGACGAGGAAAUAGAGAGUGCGGCGAGUGCGCUCCCUAUGCAGAGGCAUCAUCCACGAGCGGCGGAGAAUCCUGCUGCGGUGCAUGCAGAGGAACUAGAGGAUGGUGAAUGGGUGGCUGUGGAGACGGAACUGGCGGGACUGGAGAAUGCGGGGCCCCAGGUUUUCGAGGAGACGGAGCGAGGGUUUGAGGAGGCUGGCGACCGCAUCGCAGCUGGCGGCAGGGUGCGUACCACAGCAGAGCUAAUGCGGCGUUUGACGUUGGUGGCAAGGUCCGUGGCCAGGACUUCGUCGGAGCAACGUGUUCGUUUCAGCGACUGCAUGGCAGAGAUUCGCGAGUUUGGGUUGCAGAUGCAGGGUUGGGACAUGCGCCACAUGCAGGACUACGAUGAUCUAACUCACGAGUACCACGAGCUCAAGGCUGAGGUGGUCCGGGAACGCAACGAGCUAAACCAAUUGCGUACUGCUGUUUCGACCUCUGUCGCCGAAGCACGAGCGGCAGCAGCUGAUGCGGGUCGCGCAGCUGCAGCAGCGGCUGUGGGAGCAUUGCAGGAAAAGUUAGAGGGUUUUUUCGAGAACUUAGGGGUGAAGCUGAAGAGUGUGGUUGAGCAGGUGAUAGAGCGAUCGUCGCUGGAGGCCACGAUCACAUCCAGCUCCAUGGAACACCUGCAAGCAGCUAUUGACAACAGUGUAUACACAGUGUGGGAGGAUCUCAGAACUGCCGACGACCAGAACAAUCUGACUUUCACCAAGAUUCAGAAGGCGCUUUCUGGACUGUCAACAAAGCUCAAAGGGCUGACUGGACCCAUCAAAGUCCGAAAACCACCCACCGCCGGAGCAGAGGCCACACCAAGGCCUUCGCGAACGCAGCCCGAAGCAGAUUCCCCGGACAUCCCAAUCUCCGCAGCACAACGAGUGAUGGAAAGGUUUGCCGCGACAUCCGAGGGUGAGGCGGCAAAGAAAGUGCAGAAAGAGAAGGAGAAGGAGAGCGUGGAGAGGAGGACGGCUGAAGCGCGGAAGCGGCAAGCAGUUCAGACGGCGCAAGCGGCGGCUGCAAAGAAGAGGCGGGCUGAGAGCGGGUUGGGAAAUACGAGGGUGGAGGACCGGCCUGGGACUGUUAGCAGCGGGAGAGUGACGGAAAACCAACCGGCGGGUACAGCCGCCGAGGUAAGGAUGGUGGAACGCGAAAAGGAGGAUAAGCGGCGGAGAGAGGAGCAAAAAAGGGAGGAGGCGAGGAAGGCGGAACGCGAAAAGGAGGAGAAGCGGCAGAAGGAGGAGGAGCGGAAGAGGGAGGAGGCGAGGAAGGCGGAACGCGAAAAGGAGGAGAAUCGGCAGAAGGAGGAGGCGAGGAAGGCGGAACGGGAAAAGGAGAAGCGGCAGAAGGAGGAGCGGAAAAAGGAGGAGGCGAGGAAGGCGGAACGCGAAAAGGAGGAGAAUCGGCAGAAGGAGGAGGCGAGGAAGGCGGAACGCGAAAAGGAGGAGAAGCGGCAGAAGGAGGAGGAGCGGAAAAAGGAGGAGGCGAGGAAGGCGGAACGCGAAAAGGAGGAGAAGUGGCAGGAGGAGGAGCGGAAAAAGGAGCAGGCGAGGAAGGCGGAACGCGAAAAGGAGGAGAAGCGGCAGAAGGAGGAGGAGGAGCGGAAGAGGGAGGAGGCGAGGAAGGCGGAACGCGAAAAGGAGGAGAAGCGGCAGAAGGAGGAGGAGGAGCGGAAGAGGGAGGAGGCGAGGAAGGCGGAACGCGAAAAGGAGGAGAAGCGGCAGAAGGAGGAGGAGGAGCGGAAGAGGGAGGAGGCGAGGAAGGCGGAACGCGAAAAGGAGGAGAAGCGGCAGAAGGAGGAGGAGGAGCGGAAGAGGGAGGAGGCGAGGAAGGCGGAACGCGAAAAGGAGGAGAAGCGGCAGAAGGAGGAGGAGGAGCGGAAGAGGGAGGAGGCGAGGAAGGCGGAACGCGAAAAGGAGGAGAAGCGGCAGCAGGAGGACAAGGAGCGGAAGAGGGAGGAGGCGAGGGAGGUGGAACGCGAAAAGGAGCAGAAGCGGCAAGAGGAAGAAGAGGAGCGGAGAAGAGAGGAGGCGAGGAAGGCGGAACGCGAAAGGGAGCAGAAGCGGCAAGAUGAAGAAGAGGAGCGGAAGAGGGAGGAGGCGAGGAAGGCGGAACGCGAAAAGGAGGAGAAGCGGCAGAAGGAGGAGGAGGAGCGGAAGAGGGAGGAGGCGAGGAAGGCGGAACGCGAAAAGGAGGAGAAGCGGCAGAAGGAGGAGGAGGAGCGGAAGAGGGAGGAGGCGAGGAAGGCGGAACGCGAAAAGGAGGAGAAGCGGCAGAAGGAGGAGGAGGAGCGGAAGAGGGAGGAGGCGAGGAAGGCGGAACGCGAAAAGGAGGAAAAGCGGCAGGAGGAGGAGCGGAAGAGGGAGGAGGCGAGGAAGGCGGAACGCGAAAAGGAGAAGCGUCAGGAAGAAGAGGAAGAGCGGAAGAGGGAGGAGGCGAGGGCGGAACGCGAGGAGGAGAAGCGGCAGGAGGAGGCGAGGGCGAUGGAAAGGAGGCGGGCACAAAUGGAGGCGGAGUUAGAAGCUAAGCGUCAGCAGAUUGCAAAGAUCGCUGAAACAAGUGCCGCAAAGGAGGAAGAGGAGAGGCAACAAAAGGAGUUAGAGGCAGAAACAGAGAAAAUGGAAAACGAGAGGCGACGGAUUGCGGGUGAGGAUGAGGAAGGGGCAGCGGAGCAACGGCACGGAGGAGAGGCGGAAGGAGAAGGGUGGGCCGGGAUUCUUCAAGUGGUUCCCGAUGACCCACUGCAAGUAGUGGACCUCGUGGAGGAGCGGCAGGGUUCAGUACAACUGACAGGCCAUGGAGUUUUAGAGACUCAACCGCCAUCGAAAAGGCCACGCAUUGACCAGGCGGGAACGAACUUCGACGCGGAUGAGGGGUCUUUGGGGACAGCUGCGUCAGAUGAAUGUGUCGGUGAAAAUGUGUCGGGAAAUCAGAACGUUCAACCAACGCUGGGGGAGGCGACGGGAGAGGUGGCACCGCGAAGAACGGAUGCGCUACCAGAUGAGCUAGGGAAGCGGUGGGGAGAAACAAGGCAUUUCAGAUCGAGUGGUCUUACCACACGCGAAAAGAAGAACAAGAAGGGGGAAGUGGUGUCCGUGCGCUUCAACUCGGAGCAAACCGUCGGAGGUGUGAAGAGGAACAUGGGGAGCUUCAAGGAGAGGAAGCUGCGCGAUUUCACAGUGGCCGUCUGUUGGAUGACCUACUUCCCCGACACCGACAUGCCACAUUACGGCUUGGAUCCUGCCGAGCUUGGCUUGUGGGCGGUCCACCUCGAUUUUGCUCGUGACCUCCCGACGGGUGUCUGGAGUGUCAUGAACGAAUUGAACCUCGACAAGUUCGAGAACUUCGAAAACGUCAUGAACAAGACACAUGCACGGAUGAAGGACGGCGCGCAUUUCCAGGUGGCCGUUUGCACAGGGAUUGGACAGGCCCUGGUACACGGAGGGAGUGGGCUGGUGUCGCCCCCCGCGAAUGUCACUCCCGCGGUCUAUGCAGCGGGAGUAGCUGCAACCCUCUACACCUUGUGGUGUGCCUCGAUCGGCAUUCCCCACCCGGACUGGGCGGAGGGUGCGGAUGAGGCGGCUCGUGGCACGCUCAACGAGGCAAGCCUUGCGAGUCGAGCAACCUCUACUGCUCGGCUUGGAGUGUGGACUUUAAAAGCCGUGAAGAACCUAACGCACGAGAAGGCGGAUUGGGAAGUGGUGCUCACCAAGGCCAUUCUCGGCCUUGUGGAUCCCGAGCCCGGGGAGGCAGAGGCUAUUGAAAUGGCCAAGGUGGUUUCGAGGGUGCUGGUGUACUGGUGCGAGUGCUGUCACGCAAACCAGAAUCCUUACGCGUAUCAGGGUGGGAUGCUCCAUUUUCCCCAGCCCACAAAAGGGGGACGGCGGAAGGGGAAUGCGGGAGGCAAAGAGUGA